AUGUUUGCGGAAGUUUAGCUGAAGCAGCUAAUUCAAGGCUUGUCACCUUAAUCUGUGUAUGUUAUAUGUAUCUGUCUUUUAGAAUUGAAAAUGAAUCUGCCAAAGGGACCAGAUUCUCUUUGUUUUGACAAGGAUGUUUUUAUGAAGGAUGACUUUGAUGUUGACCAGUUUGUGGCCGAGUGUAGAAAGCAGGUCCAGCUGGAGGAGAUGAGAGAAGACCUGGAGCUUUACUACAAACUGUUGAAAACGGCCAUGGUGGAGCUCAUCAACAAGGACUAUGCAGAUUUUGUCAACCUCUCCACCAACCUGGUGGGGAUGGAUAAAGCCCUCAAUCAGCUUUCUGUGCCAUUAGGCCAGUUACGAGAGGAGGUUAUGAGUCUCCGGUCCUGUGUUAGUGAAGUGAUACAGGCUAUUGACAGUCAGCUUUCCAAACAGGAGGACCUGCAGAAAAAAAAGGUGUGUGUAUUGAGGCUUAUUCAGGUGGUGCGUUCGGUGGAGAAGAUUGAGAAGAUCCUCCACUCACAGAACUCUAAGGAAUCCAGUUCUCUGGAAAUCAGCAGUCCCUUGUUAACAGGUCAAAUCCUGGAGAGGAUUGCUACUGAGUUCAACCAGCUGCAGUUUCACGCAGUACAAAGCAAAGGCAUGCCGCUGCUGGACAAAGUUAGACCUCGUAUUGCAGGGAUAACCUCUAUGCUACAGCAAUCUCUGGAGGGCCUGUUGAUUGUGGGCCUACAGACGUCCAAUGUAGACAUGGUUCGUCACUGCCUGAGGACAUACGCCACCAUAGACAAGACUCGAGAUGCUGAGGCUCUGGUGGGACAGGUGCUAGUCAAACCCUACAUGGAUCAGGUAAUAAAUGAAGAAGUGGUUAAGUCCAGUCCAAAUGGUCUCCAGCUGAUGUAUUCCAGACUGUUGGACUUUGUUCCUCACCACUGCAGACUGCUUAGAGAGGUGACUGGAGGAGCCAUAUCCAGUGACAAAGCUGACACAGUGCCAGGUUACGAUUUCUUGGUGAAUUCAGUCUGGCCGGAGAUGAUGAAAGGAAUAGAGGAAAGGUUGGCCUACAUCUUCAACCCUGGAAACCCUGAUAUUUUCUAUGAGCGUUACAGUGUGAGCAUGGAGUUUGUGCGGCAGUUUGAGCGUCAGUGCAGCUCACAGGCCAGCGUGAAGAGGCUGAGAGUUCAUCCCUCUUAUACCAGCUUCCACAACAAAUGGAACCUGCCUGUUUACUUUCAGCUACGCUACAAGGAAAUAGCUGGGCGCCUGGAGAACGCCAUAAAUGAUGGAUUAGAAGCAGCACCAGAUGGUAGUGUGUACCACCUGCAGGUAUCUGAGGUGUUAUGGUCCUGUUUAGUGAGGUGUUGGUCAGACAAAGUGUAUCUGUCACCUCUGGCCCAUCGUUUCUGGAAGCUGACAUUGCAGCUGUACUCACGAUAUGCCACGUUUCUUGAUGAGGUGUUGACAAAGACUUCAGCCCCUGAGGUGCCCAAGGAGCCAGUCAGGCCUCUACCGAGCUCAGCCUCCUCCACAUCCAGCCGAACGUCACUGGAUGAAGGUGGCAGUGAGAGUGGAAGUCCCGCCUCUCUGUCCACCAAACAGCUGGUUUACAUCGCAGCCGACAUCCAGAAGCUGCAGCAGCAGAUCCCAGAGUUGUCAGAGAUGGUCAGACAGCGGUUAGAUGCCAUAAGUUUUAAAAACGUUUCGGCUGUGGAAGAUGCUCUGGCAGACUCGAAGGCUUGUCUGUCGAGCAGCAUUCCCUCUCUGAACACCAGGAUGACGCAGCAUCUGACUGAACGCUGCUGCCGUUUCCUGAAAAGUGCCUCUGAGGUUCCACGACUGUACCGCCGGACUAAUAAAGAUCUGCCAGUGCGUGCAUCAGCAUACAUGGAUAACGCGCUACGGCCAUUACAUCAGCUGCUGACUGACUCCACAGGGCUGGUCACCCCCCACACAGCACAAGAAUGGCUGAGAGUUGCACUGUCUGAAUGCACACAGAAGUACUAUGAGACCAUCUCAGAAGUGCUGAGCUCAGUGAGAAAGAUGGAAGAAAGUUUGAAGCGUUUAAAGCAAGCCAGAAAGGGUGCUUCCACAACUACCACAGCAGGAACAAAUGGUGGACCAACAGAUGACAGCAAAAUCCGUCUUCAGCUUGCACUGGAUGUGGAAUACUUGGGAGAACAGAUCCAGAAAAUGGGUCUUCAGCCAAAUGACAUCUCCAUGUUCUCCCCCCUGAUGGAUCUUGUGAAAGAGGCCCGGGAGCUCGCUGAACAGAACCAGUAAAAAGUUGACUACCGUAACUGAAAACCCUCAAACAUACUGCACUUCUCGUCACAUUAUCUGGACACUUGGAGGAAAAAAAAAAACACUUUGUCCAGUCGAGGCAGAAGUUCUAGUAGGAUCACAAUUGAUGAGAUUAAAAUCAUGAGAUUAUGAAGAAAGAAAAGAACUGAGGCUAAUAAAUUCAUUAUGCAAACUGCAGAGUUACAGUGCACUAACACUUUAAGAAGACAAGGAACUGGCAGAUUGCUGUUGGCUAUAUGGUUACAAGGGGCUGCAUGGUACUGUUGUGUGGGAUACUACUGCAUGCUGAUAUGCGCUGUGCUAUACAUACUUACACGGAUUAUAUGUUGGGGCCAAAAUGUUUCACAGCAGCAGCAGCAGCCUCAUCUCAUUUCUAAAGGGAGAAUUUCAGCUGGAGAAUGUUAGUCUAAUUUCUGAUGCUUAAUUUCAGAUGAAUAUUUAUGUGUAACAUGUACAUGAUCCAAUCAAAAUUGUAAAAAAUGGCUUGUGUAACAUAAUUUACAUGGGAAUAAACUGAAGGACUUUG